AGCACUGUCAGCUGACCACGUAUUAUGACGUUCUGCGCGCGAUCGUCUCUUCGCGGGAGCGUGCACGCAUGAGCGAAUUCUCGUCACUGUGGAGACUAGGCAGGGCCUGCAACUUGAGGCCGGGGAUCGGGGCCUAGCAUCCGCUUGAGAAGCCGCCAGAGCGAGAAGUCACUGCCCGGGGGCGGGGUGUGGGCAGCGAUGUUGCGGGCCCGGGAGUGAAGCAGGAGGCGCUGAGCCGAGGCCUGCCUGGGGUGUAGGGUUUGUCAGAGCCGGUGGUACGGACUCGGGAUCUGCCUGCAACAAGCAGCACGCGGAAUGUGAGCUAUGGAGCCGAGCUCCGCCGACAGCCCGGUCACUCUGGUCAUCAAAGCUCCCAACCAGAAAUAUGAUGAUCAGACCGUCAGCUGUUUCCUCAACUGGACGGUGGAGAAGCUGAAGAGCCACUUGUCCCGGGUCUACCCGAGUCGGCCGUCCACCAAGGAUCAGAGACUUGUGUAUUCUGGCAAACUUCUCCCUGACCACUUGCAGCUCAAGGAUAUUUUCAGAAAGCAAGACGAGUAUCAUAUGGUUCACCUAGUCUGCUCUUCAAGGACUCCUCCAGGAUCACCCAAAUCCAGUUAUAGGAACAAUGGAACUCUGGCAACCAACAACGGAACCAUGAGUUCUGAAAAUUCAAGUACCACAACACCAUCGUCAUCUCCAAGCCAAGAAACCAUUAUUGGACCCACAGGUUCUAAUUCAGCUGAUGUCAGACACCGCAACUUUUCUCAGGUUCCUUUAAACCAUGCACAGAGUCAUGGAUUCCAGCACGUUAUGCAAGGACAUGGAGUUAGCCAGGUUCCUAUGCAGCCAGGAAUCCCAGGCAACUUCCCAAUAUAUUCCAUGUACAGUCCACAACAUGUCCUCUGGUGGCAGCAGAUGUAUGCACGACAGUACUACAUGCAAUAUCAAGCUGCCAUCAGGCUCUCAGGAUCAACCAAUAUGCAGUCCUCCAGUCCAGCAUCUUCUGAGCCCGUGAACCCUGAGCCUAAUCGCCCAGAUGAGGCCCCAGCUGUCCCCAUUGCAGCUGUUCCAGAGAACAGACCCAUCAACCAGAAUAUUCAGAUGAAUGCACAAGGAGGCCCGGUCCUAAAUGAAGAGGACUUAAACCGUGAUUGGUUGGACUGGAUGUACACUGUCUCUCGAGCAGGCAUCCUGCUAAGCAUUGUCUAUUUCUACUCCUCUUUCAGCCGCUUUGUGAUGGUGAUGGGAGCUAUUUUACUGGUUUACUUGCAUCAAGCUGGGUGGUUCCCAUUCAGACAAGAUGCGCAGAAUCGACGGCCAGCAAAUCAUCCCAUAGAGUUCAAUCAGGAAGGGCAAGAAGAUAAUGCCCUUGAAGUUCAUGAAAUGGAGAGGUUAAUGGAUGAAGGUCUGGACGAUGACAGUGGAGAAAGUGGUGAAAGUGGUGAAAGUGGUGAUGAUACCACUGAAAGCACAACAGGGACAGAGCCACCAGGCUUCAUGGCUUCUGCAUGGUCAUUCAUCACCACUUUCUUUACCUCACUCAUCCCGGAAGGCCCUCCUCAAGUUGGCAACUAGGAAAAGCAGUAAACGUUUCACCUGACUGCUCACUACAGCUGUAUAUUUGAGUGGCAUUUACUAAAAAAGACGAAGACUGAAGUGUGGGAGUGUACUUAACCCUUCAUUGCGUUGCCAUUGUCUCUGCAAUUUUCCAUGCUGUUAAGUCUUUCUCCUGAUCAUGGCUUACAUUUGAGUUUCACUGCUUUUAUUGCACCCAAAUUCUGGAGAGCACCAAAUGGAAAAUGUGCUUUCCUCGGUUUCAUUUUCAUUGCUUUACAUUAGCAAAGAUAAAACAUAAUAAAAGUUACCCGUCUUCCGUGGUUUUGUUGUAAUUGCCACUAGCUGUGAUUUUAAUAACAACUGGGGGCUGGCAACAGAAAAUACAAAGAGCCAAGUAAACGAGACUAGCCUGGUAUAAACCUGGAGAAUUGAAGAAUCCAUUUACUUUAAAACUACAUUUUAAUCAAACCAACACUGCUAAAAGCAAGAUCUCAUGUUUUUCUGAUGUGCUGCAGUCAGAUAUCAAGUUUAACGCUUUUUGUCUCUCGAAUGAUUUUUCAGCAGCUGAUAGCCUAAUUUUUGAUUUGAACAAACACUGCCACCUGGUGGAAGAUGUCCUCCACAAAGAUUGAAUUUGAACUGAGUACUUGGGUGCUAACCAGGUCCUGUCCUUCAGCCAUGUGACAUUCUGGAGCAUUCAUGACAUUGGUAAUAUUUCCAAGCAGUGAUUUGGGUUUUGAAAGGCUAAGAACUGAAAUAAAUAGAUUUACUUCCUACUUGUUAUACACUUUUUAAACAACUUUUACAUUUUAAAAACUCAUUUUAGAAUAAUAUAUUUUACUGCCUUGACUUUAUCAAUGGCACUUAAAGCUUGGAGGCAUAAAUUUGAGGAUCAUUAGUCAGACUAUUGCCAGUUUUCAAUUGGAAAUGACAAUGUGACUUGUUAAGUCACAUAUGUUACUGAUACAAUAGAAGUGUAAGGGGGUAGAGUUAUAGUGAUUUGUCUGAGAACAUUACCAGCCUGAACAGCAAUAAAAUCUAUAUAUAAAGAAAGCAGCACUAUUUGGUACUUUACAGAAGAGAAGGACCAAAUUAAGUCAGUGCUUGCAGCAUGCUAACAUAUUUCACAUUAAAAUACUGUCACAAUGUACUGCUGAUUGUUAGAAAAAAAUAAAGCAAAUAAUGAUUUAUUUGAAUAAGCAUUGCCAUAAAUGUGUGCAUUGAAAAUGUGACAUAUUUGGACUAAGUGGAAUACUGCUUUGUAAUAGGUUUUUAUAAAAAUGAUUUGGGUCAUUUCUGCACCAAGCUGUCUCAAUGAAAAUGUAAGCAUUUCCUCCUUGCAUCCCAUUUUGUGGAAUAUUGCACUUUGUGAUAUGGCGCACACAGAUCAGUCUCAACUUCUAAUCUUACACACACAAUAUCCUCUGAAAGAAAAGUAGCUGUUGAGGUCCUUUCCCAGCUAUUGCUCAGUCAAUGUUCGGUUGUUUCCAGUUUCUAUAAUCGACAGGUGCACUGAACAAAAAAUUCCCUUUUUUGUUAUUGAAAUACACUAGGACAAAGUUCACGCAUUAGUAGACAGACUUCAUCUUUAUUUUCUAAGUAAUUCUAGUCAGUACCUUGCUGGAUUCCUAUGUAAUAUUGUACUUUAUAAAUAAAUUUGACUUAAUUUUAACUUGA